CAAUAUAGUCGCACGUCGUCGUCUCUAUCCCUCUCUGUCUCACUUCAUCAUCGUCCCAAGAGCUGCCUCUGUUUCAGCCGUUUCUUCGCCGUAUAAGCUCGUAUCUAUCCAUGGCUCUUCCGCUCGGGAAGCUCACCCUCCUCAUCGGUGCAGGUCUUGUUGGGUCAGCUUUUGCUAAAGAAGGGAGCGCACUAGAUGUCUCGGGUUUAGUCUCGGGUGCUGUUAAGAUGGUAUUUAGGCAACUGAAACAAGAAGAACCUACCAAACCAGCUACCAAUCCCCACAAUGAUGUACUUGCGGCCCAGGUUAACAGUAUUAGGCAUGAAAUACAGUUGCUGUCUUCAAGCAGACCUAUCACCAUUGUUUCAACAGCAGGAUCAGGUGGUAGAAAGUAUGGUUUGAUCAUUAUCAUUGGGGUGAUCGGCUACGGAUAUGUGCGGUGGAAGGGCUGGAAACUUCCGGAUUUUAUGUUUGCGACAAGGCGUAGCUUAUCAGAUGCAUGCCGUACUGUUGACAACCAGAUUGAUGGUUUUUACUCAUCGCUAGAGAAUACAAAACAGGAUUUAAGUUCAAACGUUGACAGGAUCGGUUGUCAUUUGGAUGCAAAUAUGGAGGUUAUUGAAGAAACAGAACGAGAGGUGACUGAACUACGGGAUGUUACAACAGUUAUAAAGGAUGACAUUAAAUCUGUUUUCGAUGCUGUUGAAACUCUGGCAAACAAAGUCUAUCGCAUUGAGGGAAAUCAGGAUAUCACGCUUAGAGGAGUUGGGGCUCUGCAUGCUCAAUGUCGGGAGAACCAAAGAAUUCAAGAGUCCAAUCAGGCUUUGCCAUCAACUUCGUCAUUGCCAGCCCUUGAGGGAGCUCCUGUGACACCAUCUUCAAGGACUCUGUCUUUGCCUCCUGUUGCUCCCGAUGAAUCCCAGUCGCUUUCAACCCCUAAAGGUGCUAAACAGUCACACGGUCUACUUCAGCACACUCAAUCUAUGUCUGGGUUGAAGGACCUAAGUGAAAGCUCCAGCGGUCGCGAGACAGUUUCAAAUGGAACAUAUUCUGGAGGAAACGGUGUAUCAUCAGGCUUGAGUUCGGGCAUGCUUGGUAGGUUCUCAAUACCAAGAAUAGUGAGGACUCGUACGGUCAACACAGUGCCUACUAACUGAAGAGAAUUAGUUAAUUUAAUUACUAGAAUUAACAAACAAGAAGGGGGCAUGUUGUAUCUAAUAGAGUAUUCGAAUAGAUUUUACUUUUCUGCAUGCAUCGGAGACAAUCCAUAAAUAUUAAAUGGUGCAUAGUUUUGUAGGGAUGCAGGUUAUAUUCAAAUGGGUCAUUUAUCACAAUUUUGUUGCUGUUUCUUUGAUUAGGUUUGGUCUGUUGAAACUUGAAAGAGCUAUUAAUACAAUUAUGAUGAGAAGGGUUUUAAUAUAAAAGCU